AUGGCAUCGAGAUACUACGCAUAUGAUUCAGAGCAGCCAGAGCCAGCUGCUGGAUUGGCUAAUGCCGAUGUUCCAGUAACUGGAGAAGAAGGACACUCACAACAACCAAAUGGUGGCAGUCGACAAGAUGACGAUUACGAUUCUGGAUCUUCAUCAGAAGAUGAACCAUUGGACACGGAUAAAAAGGAAAAGUCUAGAAGACCGUCAGAUCACCCGUUUAGACAACAACGAUUGAAAGCUUAUAAUCCGGUGUUGACCGCCAAGACGGUGAUUCCUUUAUUGGUAGCUAUCGCUAUAGUAUUUGUGCCUCUUGGAGCAGCCAUGUGGUACGCAUCAGAUAAGAUACAGGAUAUAACUAUUGAAUACACCCAGUGUGAGAAUUUGGCUUUAGAGAAUGUUUUUACUCCAAUACCGGACAACUACACCGAUUACAACUUUAAAAGAGAUUAUUCUGGGUAUAAACCUAACUUUGCUUGGAGAGUCGUGACUGAUGACACUCAAAGGUAUGAAGAGGAUAAAAAGGUGUGUCAAAUACAGUUUCAGGUUUUGACGGAAAUAAAGGGUCCUCUCUAUCUUUAUUACAGAUUGCACAAGUUCCACGCCAAUCAUCGUCGUUUUGUCAAGUCAUUUAGUGAAGAUCAAUUGAAUGGAAAAGCAGCAAGUCUAGAUACCAUCAAGAAUACGGUUGGACAAAAUUGUGAACCAUUAUCACAAAGAGAUGGGAAGAAAAUUUACCCAUGUGGACUUAUAGCCAACAGUUUAUUUAAUGACACUUUUUCGACGGCGUUUGAAGCUGUCAAUGGUACAAGUGCUGAUAAAACAGUCAAACUCACAGAAAACGGAAUCAACUGGUCAACCGACAAGAAUAGGUUCAAAAAAACUAAAUACAAUCAUACGGAAAUAGUUCCACCACCAAAUUGGCAUAAGAUGUUUCCCGAUGGAUACAAUGAAUCAAAUGUUCCUGAUAUUUCAAAAUGGCCCCAAUUCCAUAAUUGGAUGCGUCCAAGUGCAUUAGCCACAUUUAACAAAUUAGCUUUGCGAAACGACUCCGCAUCAUUGCAAGUUGGUGUAUAUCAAAUCGAUGUUGGAUUGCAUUUCCCCGUAUUGCCAUAUAAUGGUGGAAAAUACAUUUAUCUUUCACAAAGAUCAGUUAUUGGUGGUAAGAAUGACUUUUUAGGCAUUGCUUGGAUGGUUGGUGGAGGAAUCUGUUUUGUAUUGGGAUUGGCUUUAUUGGUUAUCAAUUUUGUCAAACCAAGAAAGACUGGUGAUGUCAAUUUGUUGAGUUGGAAUCAAGAGGCUAUCAAGAGAGAUGAACACGAUGCCUCAAUGGCAAAUACAAGUGGAUUUGAGAAGUAA